ACCACACAGAUUCAAGCGUCUGUCCUGCACGGCAUCAAAGAUCUGAGAAUAGAGCCCAGAAACUUGCCUGCACCAGGUGCAAACGAACUCCAAAUCCAGAUAGCAUCAACCGGCCUCUGCGGCAGCGACCUCCAUUACUACUCCCACUUCCGCAAUGGCGACAUCCUCGUUCGCGAGCCCCUCUCACUAGGUCAUGAGUCGUCGGGUGUCGUCACCGCCGUGGGCUCUUCCGUCACCGACUUCCAGCCUGGCGACAAGGUAGCACUCGAAGUCGGCAUUCCCUGCGAGCAAUGUGCACGCUGCGCGGAAGGCCGGUACAACAUCUGCAAAGACAUGCGCUUCCGCAGCUCCGGCAAAUCCUUUCCGCACUUCCAGGGCACGUUGCAGGAACGCAUCAACCACCCGGCCAAGUGGUGUGUCCGGUUGCCGGAGCACAUCAGUCUGGACGUCGGCGCGCUGUUGGAGCCCCUGGGCGUAGCGUUGCAUGCUGUGCGGCGAAGUCUGAUGCCCAAGGAUGCGACGGUGUUCGUGUUUGGUGCAGGGGCCGUGGGGUUGUUGUCGGCGGCGGUGGCGAAGCUGAAAGGUGCCGGCAAGGUGGUGAUUGCGGACAUUGACGUUGGACGGUUGGACUUUGCCGUCAAGAACGGUUUCGCGGAUGCUAGCUACACCGUACCGAUGCGUCGAGGGAAGGAUAUUGAUGAGAGUCUCACAAUCGCGAAGGAGACCGCGGCCGAAGUUGGGAAGAUUGAUGAUAUUGGAGAGUUUGAUGUGACUAUCGAAUGCACGGGUGUGCCGGCCUGCGUGCAAGCUGGGAUCUACGCAACGAAAGCAGGUGGCCGUCUCAUGUUGGUAGGAAUGGGCAGCCCCAUUCAGACGCUACCUCUCGGGGCCGCCGCCUUGCGAGAAGUUGACAUUGUCGGGGUGUUCCGCUACGCCAACACGUAUGCCGAGAGCAUCCAGCUUGUCGAACAAUCCAUAAAGAGUGGCCCGGAUCUCACGAAGCUGGUCACACAUCGCUUCAAGGGACUUGAAGAGGCACCAAAUGCUUUCAACAUGGCGGGCAAGACCAAGGAUGAGGAUGGUCGAUUAGUCUUGAAAGUUGUGAUUGAUAGU